CUGUCAAAAGCUGCGUGGUAGAAACAUACAGACAACAAGGAAGUGACCGACGAGAGAGAAGCCAGCAGACUGCUGUCAAGAUGGCACCGAGUGGGCUGAAAGCGGUAGUAGGAGAAAAAAUUCUCAAUGGGGUCAUCAAGAGUGUGAAGAAGGAUGGAGAAUGGAAGGUUCUUAUCGUGGAUCACAUGAGCAUGCGAAUUCUGUCCUCUUGCUGCAAGAUGUCUGACAUUUUGGCAGAGGGGGUUACCAUUGUGGAGGACAUCAAUAAACGUAGGGAGCCCAUCUCUAGUUUGGAGGCCAUUUAUUUGAUUUCACCUGUGGAGAAGUCAGUCCAUGCUCUUAUUAAUGACUUCAAAGACGCUGCCUUUACUUACAAAGCAGCACACAUCUUCUUCACUGAUACUUGUCCAGAUGGUCUCUUUACCGAGAUUGGUAGAGCCAGAGUUGCCAAGGUCAUCAAGACUUUAAAAGAGAUCAACGUUGCUUUUCUGCCUUAUGAGGCUCAGGUAUUCUCCCUGGAUGAUCCAAACUCCUUGUACUCCUUCUACAGUUCUAAGCCAAAUAAAGAUAAAGACAAAAUGAUCGAAAAUCUGGCGGAGCAGAUUGCAACCCUGUGUGACACACUUAAGGAGUACCCUGCAAUCCGUUACCGCAAGGGACCAGAGGACAAUGCUAGACUGGCUGAUGAGGUCUACCAGCGCCUUACCGCUCAUAAAGCUGACAACCCAAGCAUGGGAGAGGGUGCAGAUAAGGCAAGAUCCCAGCUACUGAUUGUUGAUCGUGGGUUUGAUCCAAUCUCGCCUAUUCUACAUGAGCUGACCUUCCAGGCGAUGGCCUACGACUUGCUAGAUAUCAAACAAGACAUCUAUACUUAUCAGACAACCGGCAUUGGGAAUUCGAAUGACAGAGAAGUAUUAUUGGACGAAGAUGAUGAGCUCUGGGUUCAACUCAGACAUAUGCACAUUGCUGAUGUCACUAAGAAAGUGACAGAGCUUCUGCGCACCUUUUGUGAGAGCAAGAGAAUGUGCACUGACAAUGCCAACUUAAAAGAUCUCUCUCAGAUGUUAAAGAAGAUGCCACAGUAUCAAAAGGAGCUGAGCAUGUACUCUACUCACUUGCACCUAGCCGAAGCUUGUAUGAAGACAUUUAAGGGCUCUCUUGAUAAGCUUUGUGAAGUGGAACAGGACCUGGCAAUGGGAGCAAAUGCAGAAGGGGAACCUCUAAAGGAUGCCAUGAAGAGCAUUGUUCCUGUGCUCCUGAACAAUGAAAUUGGGGCCUAUGAGAAAAUCCGCAUCAUACUGCUGUACAUAUUCCACAAGAAAAGAGGCAUCGGGGAGGAGAAUCUUGCCAAGCUCAUCCAGCAUGCAAACAUACAGGCCGACAGCAACAUCAUCACCAAUCUGCAGAACCUGGGCUGUAACAUUAUAGCUGGGGGCCGCAAUGCAGAGCAAACUCUGCCUGAGCGGAGGGAGCGCACAGAGAGCACGUACCAGCUCUCUAGAUGGGCACCCAUAAUCAAAGAUGUCAUGGAGAAUGCCAUCGAGGACAAACUGGACAGAAAGCAGUGGCCAUUCAUCUGUGAUCCUGCUCCCAUCAACACAACUCAGACUGCGGUCAGCAGUGCACGUUUUGGACACUGGCACAAAAAUAAAUCUCCAACAGAAUAUCGCUCUGGCCCUCGACUUAUUAUAUUUGUGAUUGGUGGGGUGUCACAGUCAGAGAUGCGCUCUGCCUAUGAAGUCACUCGAGCCACUGAUGGGAAAUGGGAGGUGCUGAUUGGGUCUUCUCACAUCCUGACUCCAACCAGCUUCCUUAAUGACCUGAAGAGUCUGGACCAAGUUCCUAAUCCUGAUUGUUAGAUAGUUAGACCCGGAACGGAGAAGAACACACUGGAAUAAGGAUUUAGUCUUUCAUUUGAGAUGAUUGGUUGCUGAUCUUCUGUCGCAGCCUCUCCGACGUCUAAAGUGAUGCAUGAGGAGAAAUCUUAGAUGUAGCCGAUGGAUGGAAACUUGUGAUUCUUUAUUUUGUUUUAGAAUAGUCAUUUUGUUUGUUGUGAAUUCGGUUCUGUGUACUGCUGUCAUUAUAUAUUGUAUUAAAAUAUUUAAUUAGACAUUAUUCAUAUUUUGAUAAUUUUACUAUUUUCAUUCAAAUUCUUAUUUUUUGUAUACAUUAUAUAUGAGAUUUCCCUAAUUUUGUUUUUGUGCAUCUUUCCCACAAAACUGGAUCAUGUCGCACCAAAAAUCUUAUCAAGUCUAAUCAGUCUAAAAGAUGUAUAUAAGUCAGUAGAAGUAUGUAUUGUAUAUUCAUUGAGGUUAAGUGUGAAAUACUUUUUUUUUUUUUUUUUUUUCUUCUCUCUCUAGGUACAUUUUUUUUCCUUGUCUGGGUAAUUUCAUUUUAGACAAAAUGUCUCAACUGCUGUCUUAUGAAAUCUUGCACAUUUACCAUAUACUUUAAUAUAUUGCUGGAAGCACGUAUGGUGGGUGUUUGUUUCUUUUAUGUUAAAGAUAAGUAAUAAAGAAACAUGAUAUUCACUUUAAA